UUUCUUCUCUCCGUGUUUUGCUCAUAUCCUCUUCCUUUAACCUAAAAUACAUUCAGACCAUAAAACAGUGACAACACAUCCUCUGCUCUCCAGCUACCGCGCCCUGUUAGGAGAGAUGAGACCCUUCAUUGUGAUCUGUCUGUACUUUCUAGGGAUCACAGGAUUUCCCAGGUGUGUCUAUCAGGUAAAAACUCGUACAGUGCAGUCUGGAGGAUCUGUUACCAUUCCAUGUUCAUACUCCGACCCCUGGAAACUGGAACAAGAUCUACAAAUCAUUUGGAGUGAGACAAAUGGAGAAUAUUGUUCCUCUGCUGCGGACACAAUCAUUUCACCUUCUGGAAAUGUUACAGAGAAAUAUAAGGGAAGACUCUUCAGAGAGAAGGAUCCUAACAGGAAUCAGACUGAAUACAUCACAAUUACAGGACUGGACCCAACGGAUGGGCCUCGAUUUUGCUGCCAACUAUACAAUAUAAGAUAUAAUGAAAUAUUCAAGGGCAGUAAACACGGCACUCUUCUGCAAUUUCCAGAAACAGAAUAUAUCACUCAGCUGGAUGAACUGAUGGCUGUUUCAAGUGAAGAAGUUGUCAUCCCGUGUUAUUACUCCAAAAACACCUUGGAUCUUACAAACGUCACCUGGAACUUUGCGGACAGAGAACUCAAUCUCUGUACCGAUGUGUCCAUAUUUGAAAGUAGAAACGCACAUCAAUAUGGUGGGGGUCGGUACUCUUUGGUCAAUUUCACUCAAGACGUCUCGCUGCGCAUUCAUAAUCUUCAUGUAAAUGAUCAGAGAAGUUAUUGCUGUGUCAUCUCUACCUCUACCGCAAGAGCAACACUCGAAAGUAAACAAUUUACAAGGCUGGUGGUUGCAGAUUACCAACCAUCUUGGAAUCAGCUGACUAAUGAGAUCUCAGUAGAAGAAGGACAUUCAGUGAUCCUUUCCUGCUCCUACACCCUUCCUAGUGAUCGGUAUACAGAGAGAGAUGUAAUGCGGGUCAAUGUAUACUGGAGAGUGGAGAAUGUAACCGGACCGUACGCCUACCACCCCUACCAGGAAAUGGUUCAUUCUACAUAUAGACAUCGGACAUCCAUAACAGGGAUGACUAAUCUAAUGAUAAAGGAUGUGAUGAAGGCAGAUGACACUUCAUUUUAUUGCUUUGUGGUAAUCAAACUGUGUGCAAGUUACAACCAAUAUGAAGAUAAAAUUCAGUAUGGAGGAGGAACCAGACUAAUCAUUAAAGGUAAAGUUAAGUGCUCCUAACCCCAAAUGUAUCAUUUUAAUUUAUGUCUGAUGCCAAGAAUUAAAGCUGAACUCUGGGAUCCUGACCACUUCCCAAUCCCAGCUCCUUUUC